UUGUUGUGCUCGCAUUGGUGUUGGCGUUGGUGGUUGCAGUGGCCGGCCGUGUAGUUCGCCAGCAAUCGUGCUCUGAUUCAGUUACGAUUUGGUUGUGCGGUAAUAAUAAAUAUAGAGUGUUCUGUGAGCGCGUGUCGUUCGACGAAUUUAACGAAGAACUCAUACGCAAAGUGCGUGUAACGUGUGACUUGGUAGUAACGAACUCGUUUAUUUCUAUAGUAUGUGCUCGCAAGCACUACAAAAAAGUGUGUAAACAAAUUAAAAAAUUGCUUAAUUUAAGUAAAUAAAAGUACUUAAAAAAAUCAGCUAAACGCGAUGAGCUGUCACAAGUGUUUUGUGUUUUUGUACUGUUAGCAAAUAAUCAAACGUUUAGUUAGAAAAAUAAAUUGUGUUUCAAUUUGUGUGAAACGUAAGUUUUUGCAUAAACCAAUAAGCCUGUCUUAUGCAAAAUCAAAGUGUUGAAAGUGAAAAGUGUAAACAUAAGCUAGUUUCUAGCAUUUAAGGACUUUAGAAAACUAAAUAAAAUUAAAAUAAAUUAUAUUAAUUACCGUUAAACCCUUGCACCUGUGUUGUAUAUUUAGUAACUCACUCCAACUUGGCUGAUUUUCAAUAUGAUGGACAUUAGCAGCAUGUACGGCAAUCACCAUCCACAUCAUCAGAAUAGCUAUCAUGCCAAUAGCGCUGCCAGCGCCGCCGAUAUGGCAGCGGUAGUCUCCUCAACGGGUUACCCGAACGCUUAUUUUCCCGCUGCAGCCGCUGCGGCAAUGCCAACGCAUCACCAUCAGCCCCACCAUCAACACCCAUUGGGUUAUGCUGGUUACGUGACGGACGGUUCGUCACCGAACUAUUACACGCAGCAACAACAACAAUUAACGCCGCCACCAGCACAAUUGCAACAUGCUUCUGCUGGUCUAAAUCAAAAUGCUUCAGCUAGCUCCCAACUCCAACAGCAACAACAACAACAAUCGCAAGCGCAGCAACAACAAUCCAUCUACCCUGCACACGCACAUCUUUUCAGUCCAAGUGCCGCGGAAUACGGUAUUACAACAUCUUCAAGCGCUGGCGCGGGCGCUGCUUCGGGCACACCGCUACAUCCGUCAAGUCAUUCGCCAACAGAUUCCUACUAUGAAAGUGAUUCGGUACAUUCCUAUUAUGCGACGGCUGCCGUGGCAGCAAUACCACCUGCGACUAACUCGCCAACAUCCGCGUCCAACGCGGUGCAAAUCAAUCCAACAGCGCCCAUUGAUGCGCCAAUCAUAAGCUCCGAAAAUGGUUUAAGCUACACCAAUUUGGAUUGCCUAUACAAUCAAAAUGCGCCACAGCAACAACAAAUGCAACACGGCUAUGCUGCUUUGCCCUCAAACAAUAUUGUUGGUGGCGGCGCUAAUGUAGAGGAAAAAUACGCUGCCGUCUUGCACUCCACAUACGGCGCCUCUGGUUUACCCUUCGACGAACCCCUAAUGCAGCAAGCCAUGUCAGCAAGUCAACAGCAGUCACCACCUCAGAUGUGGCAUCAUCAGCAUAUGGGUGGCGGUUACUCCAUGGAUGCCGGCAUUCCUAUGGAAUCGUUGGGCAUGCAUCCCUUGAAUAUGGCGCACAUGCAAACGGUGGCGCCACCCCAACAUCCGCAUCAGCAUCAAACACAAGCACAACAACAACACAUGCAGCAACAUCAAGCGCAAUUGCAACAACACGGUUCGCCAAAUGGGCCGUGCAUAAGCGCGCGCAGUCAGCAAGUUGUCUCGCCCGACUGCACGGGAUUGCCCUCAUCGCCGGGCUCCGCAUCCAGUCAAGCGGGUGGCUCACACAACAAAUCGCCGAAUCAAGCCAGCAAUCUGCCCACGUAUAAAUGGAUGCAGUUGAAGCGAAACGUACCCAAACCACAAGCACCCAAACUACCUGCCACCAUACACGAUUAUCAGCUGAACGGGCAUCAGCUAGACAUUUGCCGCGGCGGCGGCCUACCCGCCGGCCAACCGACGCAGACGGGCCUACUCUUAGCGGGUGGCAAUGGCAACACGUCGAGCCUGGGCAUUUGUGCGCCCAGUAUGAGCAGUUGCAGUCUGAGUGCGACCAACAAUUCGGGACGCACCAAUUUCACCAACAAACAGCUGACCGAACUGGAGAAGGAGUUCCAUUUCAAUCGGUAUUUGACGCGCGCCAGACGUAUUGAGAUCGCCAAUACGCUGCAGCUCAACGAGACGCAGGUGAAGAUCUGGUUCCAAAACCGUCGCAUGAAGCAGAAGAAGCGCGUCAAAGAGGGUCUCAUACCGGCGGAUAUACUGACACAGCAAAGCGUCUCUACUACUUCGUCAACAACAACGAAUGCGCCAUCGACGGGUCCUACACAGAAUCCAACUGGCAAUCUAAAUGCGGGCAACAAUUGCCAAAAUAACGGCAACAACAACAACAGCAGCGCGCAAAUGCACAACGGUCCUGCCGUCGGUGGCAACGCAGCUCGCUUGGGCUCAACGGCCAUUGGCAAUAGCAGAGAAGCUGUCUCGCACAACAACAACAACAACAACAAUAACAAUGGCAGUCAGCAUAACAGCACCGCGACAAUGAGUAACGGAGAUUGUAAUCUGACAGCGCAUAGCGAUAAUAGCCGCGAAUCGAAUUAAUGCUGACCACCAACACUUGAUACUUGUGCCCAUUGAUGACUCCAUCCGCUGGACAGGUGGAGGCACACAACCAUACCUUCCAUGGAUGGUUACCCGUUAUGCGAUGGCUACUGCUUAGUUAACUCGAGCGCGUGUCAAUUGUGGUUAGUUUUUCGUUUUUUUUUUGUUUUUUUGCCAAAUGACGGACACAUUCACCCACUACAACAACUACAAUUAUAACAAAAACAAAUUGAGUAGGGUUAGAAAUGCGAAGCAACAUUUAGCAUUUUGCUCAUUUGGCUGUGAUAACUGUUUAAACUAUUAUAAAGUCAAUACAAACUAACAAAAUAUUUAAUUAAUACAUCAACACAUACAUACAAACAUACAUACAUACAAAUGUAUUGUAUAUACAUAUAUAUAUAUGUAUGUAUAGUUUUAUCUAGCUAAAUACAUGUCGGUAGCUUGUGUGAGCUUGUGAGUGUUUGCUUAAGUGUACACACGCCGUGCAAUAAUCAAAAAUUUCCACACACACACAACAGGUACAGUCACAGUACAUAGCACAGUCGAAUAGAAAAGUAUGUUACCCAAUUACAACACCCAUGAACUCAUCAAUACAUGAUAUCUGCGGUAGGCUUCACACACCAACCACCAUUGGAGGUGUGGUUCGUGAGUGCAGUAAUUCGGUUCGUGUACUCGUGGAGUGUCGUAAAAUGUGCCAUAUUCGCUAAAUAGUAUAAGAUUUGCAAUCAAAUCAAACAUUUUUACUUAAUGUAUGCAACGUAAGUAAGUCUGAAUAUUGAUGCAACACGAACAUUAAUUCGAAAUAAAAGAGCUCUCCAAAUCUUUAAAUGUUUACCGAAGACUCUUUAAAUUGAGCAAGAAAAAAUAGAUAGCGCGUUCCGAAUAUUCGGAUGAGUUUUUUCUCGACUAAUCCAUUCACUCGAGCCAUUAAUCCUUUGAAAUACCAAAUAAUUUUGACCAAGUGGAGGGACACCAGUAAUAAAAAUAUGUAUUUGGAACAGUGUUGAACUGAUCAUCAUGUGGUUCCAGUAGGAAACUUGUCACAUACGGAAUUGUUAUCGCACAUAACAAGAGAGUUAAUGAUUACAAAAAUAUUUUUUUUAGAUAAAUUUUCUGAAAAAAAUGCCUAUUUCUUCAUAUAUGAUAGGCUCAAAAUUUGUAUAUUUUUAUCAUAAAUUGUUUUCUUAACAUAUCUAGAAUACGGAGGUAAAAUGAUUUAUAACAUUUCGAAGACGAAGCAAUUAGAAGCGGGAGUUAUUCGAAGCGCUGAGUUGGCAGCCGGAAACUUUGAACGCGUUUUUCUCAAAAUUGUGUUUCCCAAACUUUCUCUGUUUCUCCAUCGUAUCUCGAAAACGGCUUGACCGAAUGACUUGAAAUUUAUAGUGUACACUCAGCACAUGUUAACGCAUGCAGUGCUCUAUUAUCAACUAAAAAUUUCCAAAAUUUCGAUUCGUCUUUUAUAGCACACAAAUUAAAAAAAAAACGCAAAAUUUGCAAUUUUUUUUCAAAAUUUAUAUUUAUAUUUAUAUCAUCGAAAUAUGUGUUAAUAAAUGAUAAUAAUCUUAAAGCUCCAUCUAUUUACUGAUCGUAGACAAAAAUUCUAAAAAAUCACUAAAAUACAGGCCUUUACAUGGGAUAACCCCCUUAAAUAAUUUGCUUUUAUAUAAUUUCUAUAACUUAACACGGUUAAAACUUUAAAAUAAAACUCGAGCGAUGGAAAAAUAUGAAAAUAAAAAUUUUAGUGAGAUUUUUACGAUAUUUUUUUCGUUAGCUGUAAAAAUACUUUGUUCAAGUCCUUGUAAAUUGUAUGAUCCUUAUAAAAUUUUAUCAGGAUCAGUUGAACAGUUUUCAAGAAAUCUUGACAGCUGACUUUGUACUUGAUAACUCACUUAAUAUAUGAAGUUUUUUAAGAAACUAAUGUUCUGAUCCAUUACUAGAUUGUCUGAAAUGAUAGUCAAUUUAUAGUACUCCGAAAGGUUACAUUAUUUUCUGUAAGCCCCUGGUCUUUUGACAUAAGCUUAAAUGGAGAGAAACUGGUUUAUAAUUGACGAGAGUGAAAUAUAUUUUCGUGCAGUUUAAAAAAUAUUCAGACCUAAGGACGUUGUAGAAAGCACUGGUAAAUAUUUACAAAACAGCAUUACAUAAUAAGAGUUCCCUAAAUUAUACACAACUGUACAUAUACAAGUAUGUACACACAUAGCUAAUUGCCAUUAAAAGCUAAUAAAAUAAGUAUAAAAAAAUAAAAAAUAUGUCUGUAUAUAAAUUCCGAAAUUUAAUAUAAUAUUAUUGAUACAAAAUACAAACUCAGGGUUCUGCAGAAGGUUGUUAUUUUCUGCAAAAUAUUAUGAAUAAGAUUAAUAAGAAAAAAAGCGAAAAUAUUGAGUUUUUCGCAAAGUUAGUGAAUAUAAUUAGUAAUUCAUUGAAAUAAUCAAAAUCUAUUAAAACAUAUUUAUUUACUUUAAGCAACAACAAAUGUAUAUUCAAUUUGCCACAAGCUAAUAGCUUUCUUAACUGUAACUAAUAUAAUUCAUAUGUUACGAAAUACACGCUAGUUGUUACAUUGUGCUAAAUUAUAUAUACUAUUAUUUCUCUUUCUUUUGACUGUCGCAAACAUAAUUCGUCUAUAAUUAUUGUACAAAAAUUAAUUGAAAAUGCUUUCAAGCUCUGUGCGUGAACGCUUGUGUUUAUUAUUCAUUACUUAUAUUAGCACUAAUUUUUGUUGUAUAUUUUACCGUAGCUCUUAGUUUUAACUUAACAUAUUAGAACAAAC